GGGAGGAGCACCUCGGAACGGGUGGUGGAUCUGCUGAACCAGGCGGCGCUGAUCGGGAGCGAGGGGAAAAUCACCAUCCUGAAACAGGUGCAGGAGCUGAUCAUCAACAAGGACCCCACGCUGCUGGACAACUUCCUGGAUGAAAUCAUCGCCUUCCAGGCCGACAAAUCCAUCGAGGUGCGGAAAUUCGUGGUGGGGUUCAUCGAGGAGGCCUGCAAGAGGGACAUCGAGCUGCUGCUGAAGCUGGUGGCCAACCUGAACAUGCUGCUCAAGGACGAGAACGUCAACGUGGUCAAAAAGGCCAUCCUGACCAUGACCCAGCUCUACAAGGUGGCCCUGCAGUGGAUGGUGAAGUCCAAGGUGAUCAGCGAGCUGCAGGAGGCCUGCUGGGAGAUGAUGUCCUCCAUGGCCAGCGACAUCAUCCUGCUGCUGGACUCGGACAACGACGGCGUCCGCACGCACGCCAUCAAGUUCGUGGAGGGGCUGAUCGUGACGCUGUCGCCGCGCACGGCCGACUCGGACGUGCCCAAGCGUCACGAGAACGACGUCAGCCUGGAGCGCAUCCCGCGCGACCACCCCGUCAUCAAGUACAAACGCCCUGGCCCCUCGCCACGCCAGCGGCCCAUGUUCAUGGCCGAGGUCAUCCAGGCCUACGGGACCCUCCAUGCCAACCUGCCGCCCACGCUGGCCAAGUCCCAGGUGAGCAGCGUGCGGAAGAACCUGAAGCUGCACCUGCUGAGCGUGCUGCGCCACCCGUCCAGGUGUCCCCACCGCCCCUCCCCCCUGCUGGUGGACCUGGGCACGCUGGCCAAGUCCCAGGUGAGCAUGCCCAGCCGCGGAAGCCAACGGAAAUGGCCCCAGGACGAGCCCGACGCCGUCCUCAAGAAGAUGAAGAUCGAGCCGCCCCUGGGCGAGGAUGACGAGGACAAAGACCUGGAGGCGCCGGCGGUGGCCGUGGCCAAAGUGGCCGGAGCGGUCACUGUCCCCUCGGACACCGACAUCACGGCCGAGUUCCUGCAGCCGCUGCUGACCCCUGAGAACGUGGCCAACCUGGUGCUGAUCAGCAUGGUGUACCUGCCCGAGGCCAUGCCCGCCUCCUUCCAGGCCACCUACACGCCCGUGGAGUCGGCCGGCACCGAGGCGCAGAUCAAGCACCUGGCCCGGCUCAUGGCCACCCAGAUGACCGCAGCCGGCCUGGGGCCAGGUCAGGGGACACCCCCGGCCCCAGAAAUCGGGGUGGAUUUGGGAGAAAUCGGGAUCGGGGUGGAAUUUGCAGAGGUUGGGCUGGCGGGCGCCGGGGGCCGUAAGAAGGUGUUCCGCCUCAGCGACGUGGUGAAGCCGCUCAGCGAGGUGCAGGUGGAGAAGCUGAAGCUCGGCGCCGUGCGCCGCAUCCUGCACUCCGAGAGGGCCGUGGCGGCCAGCGGGGCCGCGAAGGCCCGUGUGAAGAUCCUGGCCUCGCUGGUGACCCAGUUUGAGAUUCCCAUCAAGGGCGAGAUGCUCUCCUUCAUCCUGGACGACGUGCGGGGCCGCCUGGACCUGGCCUUCGCCUGGCUCUUCCACGAGUACAACGCGUACCUGGAGCGCGGCGGCGGCGGCCUGGAGCGCUACGACGAGUGCCUGAUCGGGCUGCUGGCCGGGCUGCAGGAGAAACCCGACCAGAAGGACGGGAUCUUCACCAAGCUGGUGCUGGAGGCGCCGCUGAUCACCGAGAGCGCCCUGGAGGUGAUCCGCAAGUACUGCGAGGACGAGAGCCGCACCUACCUGGGCAUGUCCACCCUGAGGGACCUGAUCUUCAAACGGCCAGCGCGCAAGUUCCAGUACCUGCACGUGCUGCUGGACCUCAGCUCCCACGAGAAGGACAAGGUGCGGCAGCAGGCACUGCAGUUCAUCAAGCGCAUGUACGAGAAGGAGCAGGUGGCACACAGGUGUGAGAAGUUCGCCCUCAAUUACCUGCAGCUCCUGGUGCACCCCAACCCCCCCUCCGUGCUCUUCGGGGCCGACAAGGACACAGAGGUGGCGGCGCCCUGGACCGAGGAGACCAUCAAGCAGUGCCUGUACCUGUACCUGGCCCUGCUGCCCCACAACCACAAGCUGAUCCACGAGCUCGCCUCCGUCUACACCGAGGCCAUCGCCGACAUCAAGCGCACGGUGCUGCGCGUCAUCGAGCAGCCGAUCCGCGGGAUGGGGAUGAACUCCCCGGAGCUGCUGCUGCUGGUGGAGAAUUGCCCCAAGGGCGCCGAGACCCUGGUGACGCGCUGCCUGCACAGCCUGACGGACAAAGUGCCACCCUCGCCCGAGCUGGUCAAGCGCGUCAGGGAUCUCUACCACAAGCGGCUGCCGGACGUCCGGUUCCUCAUCCCCGUCCUCAACGGGCUGGAGAAGAAAGAGGUGAUUCAGGCGCUGCCCAAACUCAUCAAACUCAACCCCAUCGUGGUCAAGGAGGUCUUCAACCGCCUGCUGGGGACACAGCACGGUGACGGCGCCUCGGCCGUGUCCCCCCUGAACCCCGGGGAGCUCCUGAUCGCCCUGCACAACAUCGACUCCUCCAAGUGUGACAUGAAAUCCAUCAUCAAAGCCACCAACCUGUGCUUUGCCGAGCGCAACGUUUACACCUCGGAGGUGCUGGCGGUGGUGAUGCAGCAGCUGAUGGAGCAGAGCCCGCUGCCCAUGCUGCUGAUGCGCACGGUGAUCCAGGCCCUGACCAUGUACCCCCGCCUGGGGGGCUUCGUCAUGAACAUCCUGUCCAGGCUCAUCAUGAAACAGGUGUGGAAGUACCCCAAGGUGUGGGAGGGGUUCAUCAAGUGCUGCCAGCGCACCAAGCCCCAGUCCUUCCAGGUGGUUCUGCAGCUGCCCCCGCCCCAGCUCGCCGCCGUCUUCGAGAAAUGCCCGGAGCUGCGGGAGCCCCUGCUGAGCCACGUGCGCGCCCUCACCCCGCACCAGCAAGCGCACAUCCCCCUGUCCACCAUGGCCAUCCUGGAGGCCACCACGCGCCACGAGCCCGAGGGGACACCUGGAGAGGAGAAGCCCCCCAAGCGCCCCCCGAGCUCCGAGGAGGAUCCCAAGGCCAAGGGGGGGGUCCCGGCCCCCGGGGGGGGUCCCGGGGGCUGCUCGGGGUCCCCUCCCCCCCCCCUCGAGGGAGCCCCCCCGGAGCUGGAGCCCCCCCCCAUCUUCAUCAGCGCGGCCGAGGAUGAGGAGAGCUCGGGGGGGGGAGGGGACGCGUCCCCCCCGGACCCCGCCCUGGACCCCCCCAAGGACCACCCUGCGGGCACGGAGCCCCCCCUGCCCCUCCCCCUCCCCGGCGAGGCCCCGCCCCCCAGCCCCCCCUCGUCGGAGCCGCCCCCCCCCGGCACCCAGAGCCCCCCCCCGGGGGGGGUCCCCGAGGGUCCCUGCGAGGGCUGAGGGGGGGCGGGGAGACCCCCGAGACCCUCCCCCGGCUGUGGGGGCG